AUGCAGCUUAGCGCUGUCGUGCACUGUUGCCUCCUAUGGAGUGUAGUGACAGCCGCAGGACCACAACCGGCAUACUUCUCUGCUUAUGCCACAGUUGACGAGAGCACAUUUUACAUCCAGGGCGGAUCCAACAUCUCCAACUCCAGUAUCAUAUACGAUCAAUUCUACUCUCUUGACUUGACACAGAGCUGGAAUGUCACCAAUCCUCCAUGGUCCGCGCUUGCCGUUGGCCUCGUGCCUGCACGACUCAAGACCGUCUUUCAUUCGAUAUCGCUCUCCAGCAACCGCAAGACGUUGACGUUCUGGGACAUGUACAGUCUGUCGCCUUACUCUGCUAAUUACCACCUCGACACCAAUGCAUGGGAGUCCAUGGAACGCGCUGGAACCUACAACAGCAGCGUCUACAUUGAUACCCUGUAUAUCCUUGACGUCGCGACCUUGACAUGGAGUCAAGGAGGCAAGCAUCAGCCUCGAUUAGGAGCCGCUUGCUCAGUCUCCGGAGACUACCUUCUUGUCUGGGGUGGCACAUCGGUUGACAAUACAGGAAUCCCUGCUCUGAUGGCUGAGACUCCCGCUCGAAACACGCGGAAUCCUCAGGAUCAUAGUGCUUUAACCUAUCAGGAGUAUUAUGCCCCCGAUUCAACGCCGAAUAACUCUCAAUGGAUUCAGAACAAGAUCAACGCUCUGCAAGCGGAGGCUAACAGGCUGCAGGCGAUUCUCCACCCCUAA